GACGGCAUCUUCAGGACCUGUCUGCAUACUGCAUCUGUAAAUCGUUUGGUGCUUUGAAUGGCUACUGCAUAGUGAUGUAUAGUCUGAUGGCUAAUUGCUGCAGCUGGCUAAAGAGGUGGAGGGAACCUGUUAGGAAGGUGACAUUAAUCAUGGUGGGCCUUGAUAAUGCUGGGAAAACUGCAACAGUGAAAGGAAUCCAAGGAGAAUCUCCUGAGGAUGUGGCUCCAACAGUUGGCUUUUCUAAAAUUGACCUUAAACAAGGACGUUUUGAAGUCACCAUCUUUGACUUGGGAGGUGGAAAGCGAAUCCGGGGUAUUUGGAAGAAUUAUUAUGCUGAAUCCUAUGGGGUGAUAUUUGUUGUGGAUUCCAGUGAUCUGGACAGAAUGGAAGAAACAAAAGAAACCAUGUCAGAAGUUCUAAAGCAUCCGAAGGUAUCAGGGAAACCUGUAUUAGUGUUAGCAAAUAAGCAAGACAAAGAAGGUGCAUUGGCAGAAGCAGAUGUAAUUGAGUGUUUGUCUCUUGAAAAGCUUGUCAACGAGCACAAAUGCCUGUGUCAGAUUGAGCCUUGUUCAGCUAUUAUGGGCAGUGGGAAAAAAAUUGACAAAUCUAUAAAGCAAGGUUUACUUUGGCUGUUAAAUAUUAUAGCAAAAGAUUUUGAUACCUUAAAUGAACGAAUCCAGAAAGACACCACAGAGCAAAAAGCAGCUGAAGAACACGAGAAACGAGAACGAGCUGAACGAGUGAGGAAGAUAAGACAGGAAAGAGAACAGAAACAGAGGGAAGAAGCUGAACGUGAAGAUAGGAGCAUAUCGGAUGAAAUUGACUCUGAGAUAGUAGCUGGCAACCCCUUCCAACCUAUAUCGGCCGUAAUCACUGAGAACGAAAAUAAAGUUGAAAAAGAGAAGAAGAGACAGAGGGAGGAGAAUGAAAAGGAUGCCAUUGCCUUAAAUCUUAAAACAGAUCAGGAGCAAAUGGAGACUGAGAGCGUGAACAGUCAGCAAUCAAAUGACAGUAGACUAGUAGAAAGUUACAAAGCUGCCCUAACACAACGAUUGGAACGUGAAAAUGAGAAUGACCAUGACCAGCAGAUCUCAGAAAGUCUUGAUUCCGGGGAUAAUGCUGCAUUGAAUUCAGGAAUAGAGAACACUAAAAAGAAAUCAAAGAAACCAAAAUUAAAAAGGAGUCACCGAGUAGAACCAGUCAAUACUGAAGAUACAGUUUCCUCAGAUCCUACGCCAGUAGCACCUCUUGCACCAGUUGGCUGGGAAACCCCUAAAAUUAACAGAAUUCGAAAACUUGAGCCUCUUGGUGAAACACAUCGUAAUGAUUUCUACGGGAAGCCCCUACCCCCACUGACAGUACGGCAAAGACCUAACAGUGAUUCCCAUGAGGUGAUUUCUUAACCAGGAGUCAUGCAGCAGCUUUAAAAAGAAACAUGCAGUGUGGAAAAGGAACACCCAUAUUCAACGUUAUUUUCUUACAUGAUGAGAAAUUUGCUAUUCUUAAAAGUUGCUGGGUAAGACACUCAGAGUGCCCUGGAGUUGCAGCAAAAAGAAUAGUGGUGAUGAAUUCAGCUGUCAUAGUCCCUUCUUGAGUCACCAGCUCUUCAAGAGUUUAUGUGGACUGAGAAAGUUUGUAUUAGUAGAACUUUUGGAGGUUCGUUACUUUUUUCCUUUGUCAGAACAGAAAAAUGUAUCUAUGAAGAAAACGACUUUCCAAGACCAAAAUACAACUUUACUGUGC